CUGUCCGAGAAGUCGUUUUAACUUACAGAUUUCUUCAUCGGCAUUCUUACUCCCAUUUUUACAUAUGUAAAUGUCUUCACUUUGUCCCUUCUUUCCACCUCUCCUUCCUCAAUGGAAUUGGAGGCACAAAAGCUCACGCUUUUUGGUUAUUCUCAAACCCAACACGAAGCUUUGCUUCAAACCUCGCGUGUUUUCAUCUUCCUCCAAUCAUGAUUCAUUUCCGCUGCCUAGACAAACCCCAUUGGGUUAUGAUCCUUCAGAGGAGCUAUUUGGACUCUCGGCUGAUCCAAAACCAAGCGAUGCCGUUCCAGGAGUACCGAAACCGAGAUCAUGGUUUGGUCCAAAUGGUCAGUACAUCAGAGAGCUUCCUUGUCCAAGUUGUAGGGGGAGAGGUUAUACUCCAUGUACAGAGUGUGGUAUUGAAAGAUCAAGAUCAGAUUGUUCCCAAUGUAAUGGAAAGGGUAUAAUGACUUGCCGUCAUUGCUUGGGAGAUCGUGUGAUAUGGGAAGAGUCUAUUGAUGAGCAACCGUGGGAGAAAGCACGUUCAACGUCUCCACUUAGAGUAAAAGAAGACGAUGAGGUAGACAAUCUAGAUUUGAAUCUGGAUGUGAAGAAAAAAUCGAAGCGCGUUUACCAAUCACCAUCUCCUGAAGUUGGAUUGAAGAUAAGCCGAUCACUAAAAAGUCUUAAUGCCAAAACAGGACUAUUUAGUAAAAGGAUGAAGAUCAUCCACCGUGAUCCCAUGCUCCAAGCUCAAAGGGUGGCUGCCAUUAAGAAAGCAAAAGGAACAGCUGCAGCAAGGAAGCGUGUUUCUGAAGCUUUGAAAGAGUUUUUUAGUGAUCCAGAGAACCGCCGUAAGAGGAGCAUUUCAAUGAAAGGAGUCAAAUUUUACUGCAGAAAUUGUGGCCGUGAAGGGCAUAGAAAACACUAUUGCCCUGAAAUUAGAGAUAGUUCGAUAGAUAAGCGGUUCAACUGUAGAGUAUGCGGGGAGAAGGGCCAUAACAGAAGAACUUGCCCAAGGUCAAGGUUGAACAAUCAUGGAAACUCAGAUAGGAGGAGUCACCGUUGCAAGAUUUGUCGCAAAAGCGGUCAUAACCGUCGUACAUGUCCUCGAGUGAUAGGAGUUAGGGAUGUUUCGACCACUGCAAGUAGAAUAUACACUGCAGAUUAUGCCGAGAAAAGGGGCAUAAUGCGAGGACCUGUCCUACUAAAGACUCAAAACCUUCUAAUUGUAAUCUUCAAUUAUAAGAAGCCAGGGAGUAAUUUUGCUGAAAACUCGAUAGAAAUGAGAAAAGUUUGGCUGGACGUUUGA